AUGGUGGUGCAACCUAGCGGUGUUGAGUCCAUGAAAAAUGGGUUCCUUGUGGUGCCUUUUAUGCUGCCGGAAAGUAAACUUUUAAAGGAUGAUAUGGCCGGUUACCAUUACAUGUUUGUUAGAAAGCACCAAACGAAGCUAAAUAAGGAGCAGAAUAGCUUAUUCAUAGUAAAUCUCCCGCUGCUGACUAAUUUGGAGAGUAUGAGGUCCGCUUUUAAAAAAAUAUGCUCACAGGCGAAUACGGUUUCUCACAUAGAAGAUCUGCUUUAUAACGAUGAGUUUGGAUUACAAGAGGUCGAUUUAUCUGCAUUAACUUCUGAUCUGAUGAAGACGGAAGAUUCGAGCGAGGUAAGGUAUACGCCGAGAAAUACGGCGCUUCUGAAGUUUGUCGAUGAGGCAAGUGUCGAGAACUGCUGGAACGCACUGAGGAAAUAUUGCUCAAGUAAACGGGCCCAGAUUAUAGAAUGGCAAUACCAAUCACCUUCGAUUGAAACGUUUCUGAAUUUCUACAAACCUAUAGACAUCGAGCAUCUGAAGGAGGACAUAUACACGCACAUGAAGCUUUUUGAACAGCGCGAGCAGGAAGCUCAAGAGGCUGUACAGAGUUCGAUUGUGGAUGAGGACGGCUUCACGCUGGUGGUCGGUAAGAACACAAAAUCGUUGAAUUCGAUCAAGAAGAAGAUCUUGAAGAAAAAUCCGUUGUCCAAGCAUGAAACUAAAAUAAGGACACCGACGGCAGUCGAUAAGAAAGCCAAGAAAGAUUUUUACAGGUUUCAGAUUAGAGAGAGAAAGAAGCAGGAGAUUAAUGAGCUGUUGAGAAAGUUCAAAGAUGACCAAGAAAAGAUAAAGAUCAUGAAGGCCAAGAAAAAAUUCAAUCCAUAUACCUAA